AUGUUACCUCGAAUACUAAGUCAGAAUGCGUUAGUAAAACGAAUGUUGAUGUUCGACCGUCGGUUUGUGCGUUUUGCAAGUGUUGUCUUGUGGAACAACGGUAGACCGUGCCCACCACGAGGCAGACGUACUUCAUUAUUGACACCAUCGAGUGCAGCUGUAUCACGGGUAUACAUGUCAGUGCGUUAUAGAUGGUUUGACUAUAAGCACAACGACGAUGAUAAUGAUGCUGUUGAUGGCGAUGACAAGCAAAACUUUAAAUUCGAGGACGUAGCCAAUCAGGAUAGUCGGUCGGUAGCUACUAUUCAAGUGCCGGAAAACUUACCUUACUUGCCGUUGGUGGCAAUACCAAAGCCUCCGUUGUUCCCUAGACACUUUAGAAUUCUCGAGAUUAGUGAUCCAAAACUGAUAGCGUUGAUUAAGAGAAAAAAAGCAUUGAAUCAACCUUUCGUCGCACUGUGUAUGAGAAAAGACGACAAGACCACCACAGAUUUAGUAAACAACAUUGAUGAAGUGUAUGACGUUGGGUCUUUAGGAAGAAUUUACGAAAUGCGACAAUUCGGCGACGAAUUACAUUUGUUUCUACAAGGUUUCAGAAGAAUCAAAUUGACCAAACCUUUUUUCGAAGAUCAAGAAAACGAUAAAGGCACAACUAACACACAGCAAGCGACAGAAUCGAAUCAAGAAACGGACAAAACUCAGCAAGAAGUGCUGAUGGUCGAGGUAGAAAAUAUAAAAGACCAACCUUACAAAAUAACGUUGGAAAUUAAAGCACUUUCUCAAGAAAUUAUCAAAACACUUCGAUCGAUAGUCAGUAUAAAUUCUAUAAAUGUGGAAAUAUUGAAUUCAAUGUUACAACAUGGUAAUAUAGCCGAUGACCCGUCAUACUUAUCCGAUGUUGCUUAUGCUUUUACUGAACAUGAACUUGAAACUAAAGAAUAUCAAAAAAUUUUAGAAGAAACUGAUGUCCCUAAGCGCCUUCGACUGUCUUUGGGAUGCCUGAAAAAACUGUUAGAGCUCAGUAAAAUUCAGAUCAAGAUUAGUAAAGAAGUAGACGAGAAAAUAAAAAAACCUCAUCGAAAAUUUUUACUUUGGGAACAACUUAAACUCAUAAAAAAAGAACUGGGCUUAGAAAAAGAUGACAAAGACUCCAUUGUAGAAAAGUUCAGAGACCGAAUUAAAGAUAAAAAAGUAACACCAAAAGUUAUGGAAGUCAUUGAAGAAGAGUUGACUAAAUUAUUAUUUUUAGAAAAUUAUUCUUCCGAGUUCAAUGUCACGAGAAAUUAUCUAGACUGGCUCACACAACUACCAUGGGGUGCUACUAGUAAUGAGAAUUUUAAUUUAGAUUAUGCAUCGAAAAUACUAGACGAAGAUCAUUACGGAAUGGACGACAUAAAGAAACGUAUUCUCGAAUUUAUUGCUGUUAGUAAAUUGAAAGGCACAACCCAUGGGAAAAUUAUAUGUUUUCACGGACCACCCGGUGUCGGCAAAACAAGUAUAGCUAGAUCUAUAGCAAAAGCUCUAAACCGAGAAUAUUUUAGAUUUAGCGUUGGUGGUAUGACUGAUGUCGCCGAGAUCAAAGGCCAUCGUAGGACAUACGUUGGUGCCAUGCCGGGUAAAAUCAUACAAUGUCUUAAAAAAACUUCUACAGAAAAUCCACUGGUGUUAAUUGAUGAAGUAGAUAAAAUUGGAAGAGGGCAUCAAGGUGAUCCGUUGUCGGCAAUGCUAGAAAUGCUCGAUCCAGAACAAAAUACCAAAUUCCUAGAUCACUAUUUAGACGUGUCCGUGGAUUUAUCUAACGUGUUGUUCAUUUGCACAGCUAAUGUUAUCAACACAAUUCCAGAGCCUCUGCGAGAUCGAAUGGAGCUGAUAAACGUGUCUGGGUAUGUGGCCCAAGAAAAAAUGGCCAUUGCCAAACAGUAUUUAAUUCCUCAGGGACUAAAGGCCACUGGGUUGACUGAUAAACAAAUAGAUAUUGUCGAUGAAAGUUUGUCAACUCUUAUAAAAUUUUACUGCCGUGAAAGUGGUGUCCGGAAUCUCCAAAAGCAUAUUGAAAAAAUAAUGCGAAAAGUUGCGCAUAAAAUCGUUAAAGGCCAAGAAGAAAAAGUGACAGUUUCCAAAGAUAAAUUAUACGAUUUUGUGGGCAAUCCAGUGUUCACUAAAAAUAGAAUGUAUGAAAAUCCUGAGCCCGGAGUUGUUAUGGGUUUAGCUUGGACUGCCAUGGGAGGUACAAUGAUGUAUAUUGAAACGGAAUGGACCAAAGAUCCUAGAGCCGUGCGUGAUAAAGAUAAAGCGAUGGGUUCCAUUGUGCUUACCGGUCGUUUAGGAGAAACUAUGCAAGAGUCUGCCAAAACGGCAUACACUGUGGCAAAAAAAAUACUAAGCGAUGUCGAUCCAAAAAAUGUAUUGCUGUCGAUUGGCAACGUGCAUAUACAUGUUCCAGAGGGUGCUACACCCAAAGAUGGACCUAGUGCCGGUUGUGCGAUUGUUACAGCAUUGCUUUCGUUGGCGUUGAACAAGCCCGUUUUUAAAAAUGUAGCAAUGACUGGUGAAAUUUCGCUCAAAGGGAAAAUAAUGCCAGUCGGCGGAAUCAAGGAAAAAACUAUAGCCGCGAGAAGGGAAAACAUUAACUGUUUGAUACUUCCUGAAGAGAACAAGAAAGACUAUGACGAACUACUAAAGUAUAUAACCGAAGGACUAAAAGUACAUUUUGUCUCCUACUAUAAGGACAUCUUUGAUAUAGUGUUUAAAAAUAAUUAA